UCAGUCCCUGCAAGUGCAAACUACUAGCUAGGCAGCUUCCACUGGCUAAUUAAUAGCAAUCCUUCCUGUACAUAAUCAAGGGAAGAGAAAUCUCUUCUAACCAAUCAAAAAUGGGAGGAAUUAGCUAUUUUGGUUUAAUAAUAUUAAUGUUUGGUUUUUCAGCACUUAUGGGCUCAACUGAUGCUCAAUUACAGUGGGGUUUCUAUGAUAAGAGCUGCCCUAAAGCUGAGAAGAUUGUGCGUGACUUUGUCAACAGCCACAUUCACAAUGCUCCAUCUUUAGCAGCUUCUUUCAUUAGAAUGCACUUCCAUGAUUGUUUUGUCAGGGGUUGUGAUGCAUCUCUGCUUUUGAACACAUCAUCGACUUCCGGCGAACAACCGGAAAAAGCUGCUACUCCAAAUCUAUCACUGAGAGGUUUUGACUUCAUUGAUAGAGUGAAGAGUCUACUUGAAGCUGAAUGUCCAGGCAUAGUGUCAUGCGCAGAUGUUCUUGCUUUAGUUACAAGGGACUCCAUAGUAGCCACAGGAGGUCCAUUCUGGAGAGUUCCCACCGGCAGAAGAGAUGGAGUGAUAUCAAGGCAAUCAGAGGCUGCCGCAAACAUUCCAUCUCCCCUAGCCAACUUCACUAGUCUUCAAACACUUUUUGCCAACCAAGGACUUGAUCUGAAAGAUCUCGUUUUGCUCUCUGGUGCACAUACAAUUGGUAUUGCUCAUUGUACAGCAUUUACAAACCGAUUAUACAAUUUUAAUGGAACUGGUAAGCCAGACCCAAGUCUAGACGAAGAAUAUGCCGCAAAUCUAAGAGCAAACAAGUGCAAAAGCCCUAAUGAUAAUACUACUAAAGUAGAAAUGGAUCCUGGCAGUCGCAAAACAUUUGAUCUUAGUUACUACUCUCUCUUGCUUAAAAGAAGAGGUCUCUUUAAUUCAGAUGCUGCCCUAACCACAAACUCUGUUACCUUGUCUAAAAUCAAUCAGCUGUUGAAGGGAUCUCUUGAAGAUUUUUUUGCUGAAUUUGCUUCUUCCAUAGAGAAAAUGGGAAGAAUCAAUGUUAAAACUGGGUCUGAUGGUGAAAUUAGGAAGCGCUGUGCUGUGGUGAAUAGCUAAAUUUUAUUUUAUUUUUUGAGGGAAUUCUUUUUUAUUUAUUUGUUUUUAUUUCUAUUUGGGUACGUAGAAAAUAAGAUAUUUGAAGGGUUAAUUUGUGAUAAUUGUUAAUUUGGGAAUUGCAUGGUGUGAUUUUGUGAUAUAAAUUAAGAUGUAUUUUUGAGAAUUUGAA